AUGGCAGAGGAGAAGCAUGCCCUCCAUGACCAAACCAACAUCCUGACAGGGAGCCGGUUGAUGGUGGUGUUUGCCGCCCUGGCUUCAGCUCUCCUCAUCACCUACAUCGACCAGAACUCCAUUGCCGUGGCGCUGCCCACCAUUGGCAGAGAGCUGAACAGUUCUUCGACCAUCGUCUGGGCCGGAACAUCGUCUCUCAUCGCCAACACGGCAUUCCAGGUGCUCUAUGGCCGGGCGUCGGACAUUCUGGGUAGGAAGGUCAUCCUCAUCUCAUGUCUUUGUUUGUUGGGGCUCGGCGACCUGCUAUGCGGGUUUGCCCAGACGGGGGUACAGCUGUAUGCCUUCAGGGGUAUUUCGGGUCUUGCCAACGGGGGUAUUAUGGCGUUGGUCAUGAUGAUUGUGUCUGAUGUUACGACACUGGAACAACGUGGAAAAUACCAGGGCAUUCUCGGCUCCUGUGUUGGGCUAGGUAACACUAUCGGCCCCUUCGUCGCGGCAGCUUUCACUCGAAAUUCUACAUGGCGAGCAACCUUCUGGUUCAUCGCGCCACUGGCCAUCCUAGUAGCUGUGCUCCUGUACUUCCUGCUGCCACCUCAGACCAUUCCCCCGGAGCCGGUUUUGACGAAGCUAAAGAAGAUCGACUGGGCGGGGAUCCUGUUGAGUUCAGGUGGCACUAUUGUGCUUCUGAUUCCAAUUUCUGGGAUUGGGACGCAGUUUCAGACGUCAAGUCCAAUGGUCAUCUCCAUGCUGACAAUCGGCUCGCUGUUACUGGCGAUGUUCGUCGUGAAUGAGUGGAAGUUUGCCCGACUGCCCAUGUUUCCUCUAAGGCUCUGGAAGAACAAAGCCCUGGCAGCAAUGCUUACCCAGAACUUCCUCAUCGGCAUCGUCUUCUACAGUGUGCUCUACUACUUGCCAAUAUACUACCAGAGCGCUCGACAGAUGGGCCUGCUCACAUCGGCAGCUCUUCUCAUCCCAAUCGUCAUACCGCAGGCCAUUGCCUCUGCACUCUCUGGCCAGUACAUCUCACGCAUGAAUAGAUACGGCGAGGUCAUAUGGCUGGGCUACAUUUGCUGGACCAUAGCCACUGGGUUGCACUGCCUGUUCAACCGCACCUUGCCAGUCGUCGCCAUCGUCUUCAUCCUCGUCAUAGAGGGUGUUGGAGUCGGGCUGGUCUUCCAACCGACUUUGGUGGCCGCACAGGCCCAUAGUCCAAAGGAGGAUCGGGCAAUCGUCAUCAGUGCGAGGAACUUCAUCCGCGCGCUCGGCGGCUCAGCCGGGCUGGCCAUCGCAUCGGCCAUCUUCUCCAGCACGCUGGUGUCGAACAUCCCCAUGAGCAUCCCGGUGGACAUGGCUGAGAGUAUUAAGCAGUCCGUGUUCGAAAUGCCGGACAUAUCUGGCCUCCCAGAAGACCAGAAGAUUCAUGUUCUCAACGCCUAUGUUGCGGCAGCGAGAUCUGUGUUCUAUUUGUGGGCGGGCGCGAUGGGGUGCUGUUUAGCGUUGAUGGUAUUCAUCAGGGAUAAGGGGCUGAAGAGGGUCGAGGAAAAGCAGGAUUUGCCAAGCGUUCAAACAGACGAUGAGGAGGCGGGAGUUACGGUUGUACGGCCGGACAGUGCCAAAUAA